GGAGGAGGGGUUUUUUUAUUUUGAUCAGCAGCAUACAAGGAGGAUGCAAAGAAUGGGAAGUAAAGAAGUCAUACUGUUCCUCAUGGUCUGCCUCCACUUUUAUUACCCAGCAUCAUGCCUUCCUCUGGGAAAGAACUUGACUUCCGCUCGUUCGCAGGACAAUGCGGGAGAAAAAGAAACAGGUGAAUAUAACACCUCCACUCAGAUUUACCCCAAAAAAAACACCUCCACUCGCGAUGGAAAAAUAAUAGCCCACCGCAGCAAUUUUGCCAGUGGCGCCGCUGGUGGAAGAGGUGGGAGUAGCAGCAGAGGUGGCGGUGGCAGUGGCGAGGUAGCAAAUGGCGGUAGCUCCACCCCCAAAACAGCAGCUGGCAUCGUUCCCUUGUACGCAGCAGGCGCUGGCCACCAUAACAACCACCACGGGGCCGCCAGCUGCAACCGGAUUCCCGCCUUGUGGGCAGUGAUCUUGGCAUCUCUUGUGGUACAUAUUUACGUAGUACUUGGAAGUGAGAACCUAGGUUGACAUCUUCAAGGCCAUGGGAUUGUGGCACAAAUCCCACUCCAGCUCUUAUUUAGCUUCACUAUAUGUGUUUUGUUUUGCUCCGUGAUAAUCAGUAGUGUUCGUUCUUUAGUUAGCAAGGUUUGAACCCCGGUAAAAGUACAUGAGGAUACAUUGGGAAUCACUGCACACGUGUGUGCAAGUGAUCUUGGCAUCUCUUUUGGUACAUAUUUAUAUAGUUUACUUGGAAGUGAGAACCUAGUUUGACA